UAUUAGGUAUGUCAGGUUAAAAUUAUUCUCUCGUUUUUAGUGCCAGUGCUAAUCAGAAAUAAGCGAUUUUGUUAUAAUAUAUGGAAAUGAGAUUGUAUUAUGAACUAUUUUGUAUAUCUAAAAUGAACGGGAGCAACAAAUGACAUAUAAAAAGACCAAUGAGGUUUCCAAAUCCUAUCUGAGAGUGAUUCAAUUAUGGAUUACAACGAUACCCAGGCCACAGGAUAUUUGAACUUAUCCAAUAAUUUGAUAGUGUCGUCUGAAAAUCAAGAGUAUAUAUUCGAUAAAACUUACAUCAGAGUUAUAUUUAUAUCACUAUAUACUCUUGUUUUUUGUCUGUGCUUUUUUGGUAACCUUCUAGUAAUCCUGGUAGUGACAUUAAGUCGCAGAUUACGAACGACGACGAAUUUCUUUCUAGCAAAUUUAGCAGCUGCAGAUUUUUGCGUGGGUGUAUUUUGCGUUUACCAAAAUCUGCUGAUUUACAUUGUAGAGAGCUGGAUCUUAGGAGAGUUUCUAUGCAAAAUGUACGUUUUCAUACAAUCUUUCAGUAACUCAGCAAGUAUAGUUAUACUGGUUGUUAUUUGUACGGAACGAUACUUUGCUAUUUUAUAUCCAAUAACGUCCAAGCUAAUAUUGACAACUGUUAAACUAAAGGUAAUAAUCCUAAUAGUCUGGAUAACGUGCAUCCUAUAUAGCUCUCCAAAAUUCUAUUGGGGUAAUACCGUGACAGUCGAUACAGGAAAUGGUAGCGAAACAGUAUGUGUGCUCAAUAGACAAAAAUUCAACUCCGAGCUCUUUGACAUUAUUCAUUUCGCGUUGUUAUAUUUGAUUCCUCUGGCUAUAAUAUCGCUACUUUACACAAGGAUAGCAAUAUGCCUUUGGAACAGUUCAGAACAACUUAAAGAUCAACUGGAUGCCUCUAUAACAAUAACUCAUUACGACUCUAUGAAAAGAAAAUCCCUCUAUUUGGAUAAGAAGGUACAAAAUGGAAAAGAAAACUACCUACAAACUUCAACAAGUAGUGCACAAAAUCCCAAUAUAACACAGAAGGUUUUAAAUGCCAGAAGAGGAGUUAUUAAAAUGUUAAUAAUAAUUGUCUGCGCCUUUGCUUUAUGCAACCUUCCUUUCCACGUAAGAAAGAUGUGGCAAUAUUGGUCAUCUAACUACCAGGGGCAUACAAACUUCAGUGCUCUGCUGACACCUCUUACAUUUCUCUCUACUUACUUCAAUUCAGGAGUGAAUCCUUUACUGUAUGCAUUCUUUUCGAAGAAUUUCAGAAGAGGAAUGAAAGAAAUCUUGAUGUGUACCAACAAGAAGUAUUCUACAAAAGCAAUAAAUACAAAUUAUCGAAGCAGCGGCAUUCGAACGACAUUAAGAAAAACAGGAUAUAGUGAAUCAUCUAACGAUCAGAUAAACUUUAAAAGUAGUAUGUGAUUUGUAUUAGGAUAGCGCAGCACAAUACCAUUUAUAUAAGACUUAUUUUUAUAUGAUUGGUAAUUUAUUUGUAAAUACAUAUUUAAGUUGAAAUGUAGUUUUAUUUUAUUUUUAACAAUAGGGGUUAAAUCA